GCGUGCGUGCGGGCUUACGCGCGUGCGUGCGCUCCGCCCUCCCGUCCUUCUUAUAGAGCCGCCGCGGGGCCGCGCUCGGUCGAGGCGACAUGGCGGCGGCGCUGCUGCUGGCUCUGGGCCUCGCGCUCCUGGGCGGCCAGGGCGCCUGCGCGGCGGCGGGUACCAUCUCAACCAACAUCGAGAAAAAAGAGUCCAAGACAUACUUCACAUGCACUCUGAACAGCAGUGCCGUCGACAUCCUUGGCCACCGCUGGAUGAGAGGCGGCAAGGUACUGCAGGAAGACACGCUGCCUGACCUGCAGAUGCAAUACUCGGUGGACACACAUGACAGCGCUGGGGAGUAUUCCUGCAUCUUCCUUCCCGAGCCCGUGGGGAGGGCCAGCAUCCUUGUGGAAGGACCACCCCGGAUCAAGGUCGGAAAGAAGUCAGAGCAUGCCAGUGAGGGGGAGACCGUGAGACUGGUCUGCAAGUCUGACUCAUCCCAUCCUCCUGUCAUUCAGUGGACCUGGUUCAAGACCUCUGACUCUGGGGACCAGGUGAUCACCAAUGGCUCUGAGAGCAAGUACCUCGUGAUAUCCACACCGGAGAGAUCUGAGUUGACCAUCAGCAACCUGGACAUGAAUAGCGACCCUGGCACCUACCUGUGUAACGCCACCAACUCCCAGGGCACUGCCCAGGAGAGGAUGACACUGCGUGUGCGAAGCCGCCUGGCCGCCCUCUGGCCCUUCCUGGGCAUCGUGGCUGAGGUCCUGGUGUUGGUCACCAUCAUCUUCAUUUAUGAGAAGCGACGGAAGCCCGACCAGUCCCUGGACGAGGAUGACCCUGGUGCUGCUCCACUGAAGGGCAGCAGCCAUCACCUGAACGACAAGGACAAGAACGUACGCCAGAGGAAUGCCACCUGAAUGGUGGAGCAGGCGGGGCCUGGGGGACGCCUGACCCCAGCCCAGUGUCCACCUCCACGCCCAUUCCCAUCUGCCCAACCUCCUGUCCCAACCCGGGUGAAGACAGAGCCUCACCGUGCAGAAAGCCCACCUGGAAGAAGAAGCCGCCCACAGCACCCCUGAUUCUAGUUUAAACUAAACGAGGUUUCUAUGCAGAGAAUCCGUUCCUUAGGGGGUUCUGUUUGGUUUUUUCCCCUUCCCUUUUUUAAGCUGGUCACUACAACCCUGUGGAGUGGGAGAGUGGAGUCUUGUCCUUGGUCAGGAGGGAGAGGCCAGGACAGGCGCUGACUUCUGGUGGAGGGGGCCCCCACCUGCUCCCCUGUAUGGGACUGCCCAUCCUCACCAUGGGCAGCAUGGCUGGGCCUGCUGGGACCCCACAAAUAAAGACCUACCCCGCCA